GCUGUUACAACUCAGAUGGGCGGAGCUCCAGGCUCUAGGAGCACUGACAGGUUAGAAUGUGCCGGUAACACGCGGGCGGUGCUUCUUCUCCCACAGCUGUAUACAUACAGGAUCAGAGAACGGAGGAGCGAUGCUUCAGCUGGGGGACGAGCCAUGUUUCGCUUCCCCCAAGUGGCGAGCAGCCGAGCCCGUCUUGUGCUGCAUCCGGCGGUGCGCGGGGCGGACAGCGCCCGUGUGUCGGUGAUCGCUCACAGGGGCGGAGCGCACGACGCACCGGAGAACACCCUCGCUGCCAUAAGAGAGGCCAGUAAGAACGGAGCAACAGGCGUGGAGCUGGACCUGGAGUUCUCAGCAGAUGGCGUUCCAGUCCUGAUGCACGAUGAUACUGUGGACCGGACCACCGAUGGAUCCGGACCGCUCUCCCAGAUGACCUUUUCAGAACUGAGGAAGCUGGAUGCAUCUGCUAAACACCGACUCAGGUACAAGUUUGCUGGAGAGAAGAUCCCAACUUUGGUAGAAGCAGUAGAGGAAUGCAUUAAACUGCAGCUCAGCAUCUACUUCGAUGUCAAAGGUCAUCCAGAUGAGGCAGCUGCAGCUCUUAAACACUUGUAUAGGAAACACCCGGUCCUGUACAACAGCAGCAUUGUCUGCUCCUUCGAACCCAAAGUCAUCUACAGGAUGAGACAGAGUGACCCUGAGGUGGUCACAGCAUUGACUCACAGACCGUGGAGCCUGAGCCGUUUGGGAGAUGGUACCCCACGUUUCUCAUCACCAUGGAAACAAUACUGGAUGACACUAAUGGAUGUGUUAUUGGACUGGGCCCAUCAUCACGUGCUGUGGAGGUUGUGUGGCAUAUCGGCCUUCCUGAUGCAGAAGGACUUUGUGUCACCCGACUACGUUCAGUUCUGGGCUCAGAGAGGCGUGGAGGUUGUAGCUUGGACCGUCAACACACACGUGGAAAAAGAGUACUUUGAGAACGUGUUAUGCAUCAGCUACAUCACAGACAGCCUCGUUGAAGACUCUGAACCUCACUUCUGAGGAACACACGAACCCAACAAGCAAAGUGUUUACCAGCAGUCAUAAAUGUACCAGAGAACGUCUCCCUCCAUUGUGAUCUGAGGUGAAAGAAGAAAGACUGCGUUGUUGGUGUUGUCACUUAACAGUACAAGUUUGUAUUUUGCUCUGUAGUAUUGUACUGUUCUCACCUGUUCCUCUCAAGUUUGCAAAGAACAGAUCAGCCAAUUAAAGCACAACAGAAAAUGAAUCAUAAAUGAAAAUUUCAUAAUUCUCAAAAGAAGUCAAAAUAUUGCUAACCAAUAAAUAGAGAUUUUAAUUCAAA